AGCGCUCGCGCGGGAGGCUGGGCCUGAGCGCAGGACUACGUUUCCCAGCGGGCCGCGGGCCUGCGGGGACCCAUUCCCGUGCCUGGGCCUCCGGAGUUGCUCCUGCGGUGGGCGCUGCUUUUCAAGAUGUCCAAUAAAGAAUCUUAUGGAAAAGAAGAAAAGUCUCAAAGAAAAGGCACUACCUUAUUGCCAGUCUUUGAUGAAGAAGACAAGAAAAAGAAAAACACCUCAGCAAGUUCUACUAGUUCAGUUUACUCUGUGAAAUCAGUUUCAUCAGAGAGUAGGAAACUAUCGAAUGUAGACGUCGACACAGACACACCAAAAAAGAGACUGAAAACCAGUUCCUCAUCCCAAGGACCUGCUAAAGUCCAAGAAACAUCAUAUUCAAAUGAUAAUCAGAUUGUAUUACAGAUUCCUUCUUCAAAAGGAAUUAAAGAUAUUAAAGUUAAAAAUAUUAAAUUGACAAAUGUUAGGAGUAAGCUUGGCCAUGAAAUGAAAAAUCUUAACAGUCAUAAAAUUACCAAAGAUGUGAAACCUAAAGUUGAAGGCCAGGCAAAGGAAAAGAAGUGGCCUCAUUUACUGGCCCAGAGGGAGAAGAUGAAAGAACUGAACAGAAAAUUUAGAGAGAAUUCUGAAAAACCUGUCUUGGAGAAAUGCCAGAAAAAUCCGUUUUCUCAGGAUUGUAAUUCCAACAGGAUAAUUAAGGAACCCUUUGAAUCUAGAAAGAAGAUCAGCUUCAAAAUCCCAAUAAAAUCUUGUAAUACUUUCCAGAGGCUGGUAGAAGAAAAUGUCUUUAAUUUUGAAUCUAAUAAGUCAAAGACUAAACAAGAGGGAAAAGGUGGCCUGGGAACCUCACGGGUUUCAUUAAAUUUGGCCAGGCACAAAACUGAACGCUUAUUUUCAGAUUCUUCUUGUAAGCAUGAGUGGAAAGGAAAGCAUCAUCAUCAGCGUCAAGAAAGUAAAGAUUCAGUUUCCAAGGAACUGUUUACCCAGAGUUUUGAAACGCCGUGUUCUUCAAUGGGACCUGAAAGUAUUCAAGAUACAGAUCAAGAGAUGCAGAUAGUCGAAGAGCUUCAUGCUGCACGCGUGGGGAAAAGUGUGGAUUUACCUGUGGUACCACCUUCUGGAGAGUUAAUGAGUAUGGAAAUUGACUUGGUGGAAGAUGAUGUACAUUCCUCUGCUGCAAAUACUGAUUCAGACAAAAAGCUUCUAAUUGUUAUUGACACGAAUAUUCUGAUGAACCAUCUCAAAUUUGUUAGAAUUUUGAAGACAACAGAAAUACCAGGUUUUGAUGGACUUGUGUUAAUAAUUCCCUGGGUUGUUGUGCAAGAGCUAGAUCGUAUGAAGGCAGGAAAACUACUAAAACAUGCACAACACAAAGCUAUACCUGCAGUUCAUUUCAUCAAUGACAGCUUCAGAAAUCAGGAUGGAAUGCUGUGGGGUCAGUCAAUACAACUUGCAUCUCAAAAACUUUAUGGACUGAGUGAUGAGAACAAUGAUGAUAGGGUAUUAAAAUGCUGUCUGCAGUACCAGGAUUUAUUCCCCUGUUCUCUUGUUAUUCUGUGCACCGAUGAUAGAAAUUUAAGAAACAAAGGCCUAAUAAGCGGUGUGAAGUCACUCAGUAAAGAAGAAUUGAGUGGAGAGCUGUGUAACUUAUCUCUGAACACAGAUGUGUGUCAUCAGCCUUGUGUUUCUAAGCAACGAUUGAAAGCAGAAGCAACACCAGUAGAAGAGAGCUCUGAUGAAAAGUCUACAAAUUCAGGACUGUCCAUUCUACUUGAACGCAUAACAUCUGAUCUUGAAAAAUCUCUUGGAACAGCUUUAUCUUCAAUAUUAGAAACAGAAAUGAAAAUUGCUUUUGGAAACCUUUGGAUGGAGAUGCUGUACUUGAAACCACCAUGGACUCUAAUACACAUAUUACAGUGCUUUAAAAAACAUUGGUUGGCUGUGUUUGGAUUAGUUAUGGAAAAGAACUUGCUUUUAACUGUUGAGAGCCUAUAUGAAAAUCUCUGUAGAGCUAAUAAGGCAGUGGAUUUUACAACAGUGAAAUUCCUGCUUCAGGAUUCUAAAAGUUUGUUACAGGCUUUCAGUACAAGGUCAAAUUAUGAUGGUAUUCUUCCACAGGCCUUUGCUGAAGUGAACAAACUGCUCCAAACAUGUACAGAGGUCAAAACAAAAUGGUCGCCAAAUUCUUCAGAAAAUGCAGUGAGUAAAAAACAGGAAGAUAGUUCUUCGAUGAAGUCUCAUAACCAAGAAAUCACUGUUUUCUCCAGUUCUCCUCUUCCCCAACCCAAUAGGCAUCAAGAAAUAUGGUCUAUCCUAGAGAAUCUUUGGAUUACAAUAUAUCAAAACAGUACAGAUGUGUUUCAAAGAUUGGGCUCAAAUUCAACUCUGACUACUUCAAAAAUAGCAUCUUUUGAGGAAGCAUUUAUAUAUCUUCAAAAGUUAAUGGCGGCAGUGAAGGAUAUUCUUGAAGGAAUACAGAGAAUUUUGGCCCCCAACAGUAAUUAUCAAGAUGUCGAAACUCUCUAUAACUUCCUAAUCAAGUAUGAGGUAAAUAAAAGUGUCACAUUUACUGCCCAGGAACUUUAUGAUUGUGUUUCACAGACUGAGUAUCAGGAAAAGUUAACGAUUGGGUGUCGCCAGCUGUUUGAGAUGGAGUGUACCAUGCAGCAGUGCAAUGCAUCUGUCUAUAUGGAGGCCAAAAACAGGGGAUGGUGUGAGAACAUGCUCAAUUACAGGACUUAAGUGCUGAUUUGUAACUGAAGAGGGAUUGCUUUUGUCAUCAUGAGUAACAGAGUAACUUUCAACCUGGUCACUUUUUUGAGCCAAAUUCUAUUGAGAAUUUUGAAGUUUUAUAGGUACAAAAAAGUGAUACUACUGACAAUCUCAUUGAAGCUCUGAAAAGCUUAAUGCAUCAGAUGUGGGAUAAAUUGUUGAUUCUUCUAGAGUUGACAAUAUGUCCAUACCUCUAUCUGAUACUGAGCCAGUAUCUCUAAGGAAAAGAGAGCCAUCUUUUCAGUCUUACUAUGGCAGAAGCCAUUGUGGCAUCUGAGGAAGGCCCAGGACACAUCAUUAGCGUCUCUCCCAACCCUGAGUAUGGGCACAUGAUCAGACACUGCUAGAUGCUAAGAAAAAAUUAGGACAUGACCAUGCUUACCACAUUCCACAAAUAAAAUCUCGUCCUGGGAAAA